CCGUCCCCCGCGCCCUCCGCCUCUGCCAUGAAUGAUGCAUCGACGAUGGAUUAUGAACUGCUCUCGCCGUCCCUGGUGGAGCACCCGGCCGGCGCCGCGGGCAUGGACGCCGAGCAGAAAACUGUCUUUGCCUUCGUCAUCUUCCUCCUGGUCUUCUUGGUGAUGCUGAUGGUUCGCUGCUUCCGCAUCCUGCUGGACCCCUACAGCCGCAUGCCCGCCUCCUCCUGGACCGACCACAAGGAGGGCUUGGAGAGGGGCCAGUUUGACUAUGCCCUGGUGUAGAGGGCAGGGCCGGGGCGAGCCCGGGCGCUCCCCGUGCCCCCCCAGCCCGGCCCCGGCCCCCCCUUCCCUCCCGCGGGGAUGCUCCGGGCCCCGCGGAGCUGAGCUCGGGCUCUGGGCCGGGGAGAGGUGGAGGGUGGUGGUGGGGGGAGUUUUCUAGGGGUUUCUCUCUUUUCUAAGCACUUUUCGGUUCUCUCUUUGCAGCCCGGGAGAGAGAGGGGGGGGUGGGUCGGAGGGGUGAGCCGGCUCCGGGCGCGGUGCCCGCCCUGCCCGCGGGGCAGGAGGGGACGGGACGGGGCAUGGCGGGACCUGCCCUCGGCCCCCGCUCGGGGCGACUCUGCCCGGUGCCACAGCAGAGCUUUGACCCUCUCCCCUCCCCUCCUCCUGCCCCUCCCCUCCUCCUGCCCCUUCCCACGCCGUCCCCCCCCAAGUCCGUGUCCCCCGGGGAGCGCUGCCCGUGGUCCAGUGCGUGUGUGUGUGUGUGUGUGUGUGUCCCUGUAGCUGAGCUGUGUCCGUCAGGGGGGUUUCCAGGCACCAGACCCAAGUGCUGGCUUUGUUCCUCUCCGUGUGGCAGUCCCAAGAACCCCCCCUAAAAAGGGAUGGGGAGGUGGAGACCCCCCCCCCGUGUGUGCAGCCCCCUUUUUUUCGGCCUCCAGCCCCGCAGCCGCUCUCUGCUUCCGCGGUGCCCCGUCCCUGCCCGGCUGGUGACAGUGGAUCCAGGAGGGAUCAAAGAUCCCACACAACGCCUAGGAGAUGUUCCUCAGCCAGCCCCGGCCUGGCAGCCCCCCCCCCGGUGCCCCAUUCCCCGUUCCAGCAGGACCUGGGUGGCCUCUCCGUGCCCAGGGGGUCGCUGGGGGUGGCUGGCCCUUCCCUGGCCGUCCUGAUUUUGGGAAUCCGAGGGGCUGUGGAAGUAGCCGAGGGGGGAUCAAGGCUGUUCUGUCCGUGCCUGGGGAGCAGGGGUGCUCAGCUGGCCACGGGGUGGGCUGUGGCCGUGGGCCAGCGGGAAGGUUUGGAGGAAGGGAUUGGAGCCCACGGGGGAGGGAGAAGCUCUGCCCCCUCCAUGGAAAUAAAGCUGCACUGUGCUAACCCCA